GACGUCCGUUGGUCAGCGCUGCCGUCGGCUCGGGAUGCAAGCGUGUCGACGCCAAGCGCUGCCAGCUGUUGCGGUAGCAGGAGAGAUUCGCCCGAAGCACAAAGCACGAAGCACGCUGGAAUUCUUAUGUCGAGGCAUGGUACCGCAGUGCUCUGAGGAAGUGUGUACCUGCCGUGACGGGUGGGACUCGAUUGCCAUUGUUUGCAUGCCAGGUUUUGGAGAAAUGUCAAAUCAGAUCCCGGCAGCCUCGACUGCGAGCUUCUACCUACACAGUCUGGGCGCCUAUCAGGGAUGGCAAUCAAGCGGGCCACAGCUACUGCAAGCAACCGCGUUCACGGGCUCGGUGCGUCGAGGCCGUGGUGCCAUCCCCUGUCAUGGUGUUGUCCUGUCUCGGUUGAGACGGCGAGGUGGUACAGACGAGUGGGAUGAAUGUCACUGCUCGCAUACAAGCGUUUCAGAGACAGCUGUUAGUGGUGAACGAGGGUGUUCCCACUGCUCGAGGGUGCAGCUGUAGUGUGCUGCAUGCAACAGCUAGCUCCAGCUACUCGUGCUGGUGUUGAGCUCGGCGGGGAUCACUCGACAAUAUGGCCGUUGCUAGUC